UGUAUAUAAAAAAAAAAAAAAAUAAAAUAAAAUUAAAAUGGUAGCAUUCCGGUCUGAUAUCAUUUCAAUAGAUUUUUAGGGUUCUCAGCGAAUGGCUAAAAUAUUGUGAGCGAAUAGAACUCGUCAGAAAGUGAACAAAUUCUGACAGUGCGAAAGCAAAGUCAGCGAAGUUAUAUCUACAGCAGAGAGCCAGACAUUUUGAUUAUUUCCGAAUAAUAUUAAAAAAUAAUAAUAAUAAAAUAAAUAAUAAUAAUAUAAAUAUGUUUCGCAUCUCUGACAAAUUUGAGCAUGAAUCGAACGACUGGUCAACUGUUGAGCCAAAAAUUGUGAAAUUCAAUCAUGUCUGGACAAUCGAAAAUUUUGGCGAAGCUUGGCAAUUGAGAGAGAACUGGGAAUCUAUGGAUUUUCCCAUCGGGGAGCAUGAGAACGAAUUUAAAUGGCGUUUGAAGCUGGCACUCAUCAGGAAGGGGGAUAACGUAUCUGAUUAUUUCCAGCUGUCCGUACACCAGGUCGAACGAUUGUAUUUUCAUGGAGAGGCUAAGGUCACAUGUGCCAUAAUGAAUCAUGAGGAGACGCAACAAAAAAAGUUGUUCAACUUGAGCAGCGAUAAGACAGUUUGCUUUGAGCCCUUCAUAUAUUGCUGCAAACUUUUCAAUGCGGAUAAUAAUUAUUUACCUCACGACAAGUUAACAAUCGCUUGUCAAAUUCGAUUGAUUACGGACGCAGCGUGCACGUGCGGAAAAAUGAAUCCGAUCAAAGUGCCGGACACCAAGGUAGCUGAAGAUUUCGGCAAACUAUUCGAUAAUGAGCAGUACAGUGAUAUUAAGGUUUCAUCAAAUGGCCAUGAGAUAUAUGCACAUAAGAAUAUAUUAUCAGCUCGCAGUCAGUUCUUUGAGACGAUGUUUCAAACGGAUCAGCACUCACGAAAUCGCGUGAUCCUUGACGACGUGGAUCCUCAGGUCUUGAUCGACUUAUUGCGUUUCAUCUACACCGAUCAGACGCCCAAUCUGGAUAAUCUGGCCAUGCAACUGCUCCAAGCGGCUGACAAAUUCAAGCUGGCCAAAUUAAAAGCCUUGUGUGAGAAAUCGCUGUUCACGCAACUCUGCCUAGAUAAUGCAGCUGAAACGCUUAUCUUAUCUGAUCUAUUCAAUGCACUUCAGUUGAAGGCGCGAGCCAUUGAAUAUAUAAACAUGAAUAUGGAUAUGGUAAAAGAGACAGAUGGCUGGCACAAUUUGGCUCGAAACAAUCAUCAAUUGGUAAAUGAUCAUUUUGUUGUCGUUGGUAAUUAUUCCGAUACGUUGUUUGUGCGUUCAGAUAAGGCAAAUUAUAACAAAUAUUCUUGCGAAAAAUGUGGAUGAGCAAAAUAAUUUUUACUUAUUAUUUUUAUACAUAAACUCUUAUGCCUUUAUUAUUAUAUUCCAUUAUA